GAGAGAGAGAGAGAGAGGGAGAGAGAGAGAGAGAGAGAGAGAGAGCGACAGAGAGAGACAGAGCGCGCGCGAGAGAGAGAGAGAGAGAGAGAGAGAGAGUGUGGAGGAAGAGAUAAGCCUAUUGCUGCUGUGACUGCUGCUCUACCAGAAACAGGGUGACAGCUAAGAAGAUAAUGCCCCAGAAUGUGGUCCUGGAUGGGCCAGCCCCCUGGGGCUUCAGGCUCAAUGGAGGGAAGGACUUCAACCAGCCCCUGACCAUCACCAGGGUGACGCCUGGCAGCAAAGCCUCGCUGGCCAACCUGUGCCCCGGUGACAUCAUCCUGGCCAUAGAGGGUGUGAGUACAGAGUGCAUGACUCACAGCGAGGCCCAGAACAAGAUCAAAGACCCUGCCUCCCGGCUCGGCCUCAAGAUUGAGAGGCCUGAGACCAAAAUGUGGUCACCCCAAGUCACAGAGGAUGGGAAAGCAAACCCAUUCAAGCUCAAUUUAGAGGCAGAACAACAAGAGUUGAAACCUAUCGGUACAGGUCACAACCGACGCGCCCAGCCCUUCAUGGCUGCGGCCACCAUAGACAACGGACGCCAGGUGGUGAGUUCCUCCUACAACACCCCCAUAGGCCUCUACUCCUCAGGCAACAUCCAGGACGCCUUGCACGGACAGCUCCCAGGCCUUGUUCACGAUAAGCAUGAGGGAGCGCCUCUCUAUCUCCUCUUCUGCCUCCUCCUCUUCUGUUUUUUACAGGACCUGGGCUACUUUGAACACAAGUUUAACGUCAGGCCUAAGCUCUUCUUACCUGCAGGCCAAAGUGAGUGCCCUCCUCCGCAAGGCCUGAUGGGAAAUGGCCAUCAGACAGUGGUCACCCUCUCCCCCCCUGACCCUCCCCUGUCUGCUAACUCCGGCACAGACCAACCGCUGGCCCCCAGUGCUCAGUAUAACUCCCCCAUUAACCUGUGCUCUGAGGCCAACGUCUCGGCCGCUCAGCAGCUAGCUCAGGUCACCUCAGUAGAGGAACAGGUCCCUCUAAGUAGUAAGACACUGUCCUCCAUCAAGGAGUCUCAUGUGUACCGGAUGCUCCAGGAUGAUCAGGAUAGGCCACAUGAACCACGUCAGUCAGGCUCCUUUAAGGCUCUGCAGGAACACGUGGAGACUGAUGGAGCAAAGCCGUUGAUUACUAGAAGUGUAAGAGCUCCAGUGACAAAGCCUCCAACACCUGCGGGAUCGCUACAGAAACUACCCCUCUGUGACAAGUGUGGAAACGGCAUAGUAGGCACAGUGGUGAAGGCCAGAGAAAAGUUCCGCCACCCUGGAUGUUUUGUGUGCUCCGACUGCAAAGUCAACCUGAAGCAGAGGGGCUACGUCUUUGUGGAGGGGCAGCUGUACUGCGAGACCCACGCCCGCGCCCGGACGAUACCUCCAGAGGGACACGAUGCCAUUGCCGUUUACCCCACGGCUUGAGACCAGUGGACCGGGAAAUGCACAGACCUGUCCAAAUGGAGCAAGAACUGUAACUUGCCACUCCCCUUCUCAUACAGAAUAUUUCAGGACAAAGUACAUGAUAUAUGGUUUCACAAGCUGCACUGUGGAUAGAUAGGCCAUACUACAGUGGCGUUCAUCAACGUAACACCCUGAACUGAACAUAUCAAUAUCUGUGGACAUUAUGAUGCAAUUGUGAAUUUGCUUAUCACCGUCAAAAACGCAACCAUUUAUCUUUUUAAAAAGGAAUAUGUUUGUUAUGCCUUGUGAAUACCAACUGUGCCUUGUGAUUUAAAGGUUUUCUGAAUUUGUUACCAUUGGUAAUAAAAAAAGAAGACAAACAUAUUA